AGAGGCGGUUUCCUGCUUCCCAGCUCCGAACAGCUGGCGGGGUUUGAAAGGGUGCGUGUGUCAGCCCAGCGCAGCCAGCCCAGCCUCCGACCGAGGGUCUCUGGACAAGGCGACAAGGAGCCCCCGGCGUGCAGCGAGCGAGGCUGGGGCGGAGGCGCUGGCUGCUGCCCCCCGGGCCAGGGGAGGCUCCGGCUGAGCCCGGCGGCGCGGCGCCCCGGGAGCUGCUCCGCGGAGGACGGGCUGGGCGCGUAGCGAGGCGGGAGCAGCCCGGGUGCAUGCGGCCGGCGCCGCGGCGGGGCAGCCCGGGAUGAGCGGCGGGGAAGUGGUGUGCGCCGGCUGGCUGCGCAAGUCGCCCCCGGAGAAGAAGUUGAGACGAUACGCAUGGAAGAAACGUUGGUUCAUCUUGCGCAGCGGUCGGAUGAGCGGUGACCCGGACGUCCUGGAGUACUACAAGAAUGACCACUCCAAGAAGCCUCUGCGUGUGAUCAACCUCAACUUCUGUGAGCAGGUGGAUGCAGGGCUGACCUUCAACAAGAAGGAGCUGCAGGACAGCUACGUCUUCGACAUCAAGACCAGCGACAGGACUUUCUACCUGGUGGCCGAGACGGAGGAGGACAUGAACAAGUGGGUUCGCAGUAUCUGCCAGAUCUGUGGCUUCAACCAGUCUGAGGAGAACGCAGACACUCUGAGGAACAUUCCCUUGGUGAGCCAUGGUCCCCGCUCCUCCCCAGCAGAGCUAAACAGCUCCAACCACCACCUGCUCAGAGAACGCAAGUCAUCAGCUCCUGCCCACUCCAGCCAACCUACCUUGUUCACUUUCGAUUCACCUGCCAACCACGUCCAGACCACCUUGUCUGCCAGCGCCCCACAGGACUAUCUCUUCCUGCACCAGUGUAUGAGCCGAAAAUCAGAAAAUACAAGGAGCGCCAGUUUCUCCCAAGCCACAAGGUCCUCGUUCUUCAUGAGGAGUGACACGGCCGUUCAGAAGCUCUCCCAGGGCAACGGACACUGUGUGAACGGGGUCGGCGGGCAAGUCCACGGAUUCUACAGCUUGCCGAAGCCCAGCAGGCACAAUUCGGCGCUCAGGGACAGUGCCUAUGACCUCCCGCGGAGCUUUGGCUCUUACACUCACACCAAAGCCAGCCUCACGGGCUCUGACACGGAUAGCGAGGAGGUCUAUACCUUUAAGACUCCCAACAACACCCUGUGCAAGGAGUUUGGGGAGCUCUCUACGGACUCCUAUGACAUCCCCGUCACCCCUCUCUCUGUAUACCAGAUCCCAAGGACAUUCACGCUGGACAAGAACCACAACACGCUGGCCGUGGCCUCUAGUGAUUCACCCGCUGCUCCCCCACCCCGGCCCCCUAAACCAGGGCAGAUGGAGUCACGGUGGGGCAGCCCCCAGCAGCACCCUCCGAAUGGUGAAAGCAUAGGUAUGGUCUCCGUGGCGGCUACCAUUCCCAGGAGGAACACGUUACCAGCUGUGGAGAACAGCAGACUACAUCGAGCUUCUUCUUGUGAGACUUAUGAAUACCCCCAGCAUGGUGGCAGCAGCGCAGUUCAGUCAGCAGACUCUGUGAAUGAUGGGUUCAACUCAUAUCUGCAAGCCAGAGCCGCAGUGGCUCGCUCCCACAGUGCUGACUCCGAGGACAAUUAUGUCCCAAUGAACCCAGGCUCCUCGUCCCUGCUGAACAUGGAGAAAGCCAAUGACAAUUCCCAGAAUCUCUACAUCCCCAUGAGCCCUGGUCCGCACCACUUUGACCUCCUGGGAUUGUCCUCGACGACCCUCCCAGUCCAUAAAGGAGGAGCCAUUUCCCAGUGCCACAGGCGGCUGAGCGAAAUCCAGCCUCCACCGGUCAACCGCAACCUCAAACCCGACCGGAAAGCAGACUGGAAUUCAGAGCACCUUGGAAAGUCUCCUGGUUUCUCACACAUUCAGAUGGAAGCUGCUGCCCAGUGCGGUGGGGAUGAAAUGCAGGAAUCGCUGGCAAAGCCAACGCCUCUGGACCUCAGGAACAACACGGUCAUCGAUGAGCUUCCCUUCAAAUCGCCGGUCACCAAAUCUUGGUCCAGACCAACCCAGACUUUCAACUCCAGCGCCUCACAAUACUGCCGCCCAGUCUCCACCCAGAGCAUCACCAGCACUGACUCGGGAGACAGCGAGGAAAACUACGUGGCCAUGCAAAAUCCUGUUUCUGCUUCUCCGGUUCCUAGUGGCACCAACAGCCCAGCAGCAAAAAAGAGUUCGGGGAGUGUGGAUUAUCUAGCCCUGGACUUCCAGCCAAACUCACCUGGGCCACACAGAAAGCCCUCCACAUCGUCAGUCGCCUCAGACGAGAAGGUCGAUUAUGUGCAGGUUGACAAAGAGAAGACACAAGCCCUGCAGAACACCAUGCAGGAGUGGACCGACGUCCGGCAAUCAGCAGAGCCCGUUAAGAGCAUGAAGCAGUAAUGGACGGGGCAGAUGGGGACAGCCAUCCAGACAGGCAAAUGUCCGACGGGUUUUCCCAGGCUGGGGUUCCCCUGGGUAUGCGAGCUCACUUUGGGGUUGCAUUGCUACAGUACUGUUGUUUGGGUCUUUUUUUUUAAAAGAAACUUCAUUUCAGGGGAAGACUUGGCAGAUAUUGUUUGCCAGUGACAAAGACCAACUACUUGCAGUGGCUGGGUUUGUGCUAUUACUUUAGCUGCUGGAUAUACUGUUCAGGAACUUAAAACUUAGCAAUACUGGGGUCACAAGUGCCCUGCAUGUCUUUUGCUUACAGCUGUUAUUAAAGCCACCUUGUACUUGCUAACACUGUAGUAUCUCUCUCAGUCUUCUUCUGUACUGUACACCUGAACUGUGCCGAAUGUAUACUGGUUUGGUGGCAUCCUUUACAGGACACGGAUUCCCGCUCCAUACCGUAUGGUGGUCCUGACCUCUUCAACCUCUUCAAAAAAUGGGCAACUGCCAGUUCUAAUAUGUACUUGUUUUAUUAUCAAAUCGCUUGUCAAUAACGACUGACAUGCCUUUGUAACCUGCAGGGGGCGCUUCUCCAUCAGGCGGCAUGGCUUGUGUGCCAAUACCUGUAGCUUGCAAAGCGCCCAGACUGACCGACGGGUUGAGACAACCUUAGACCUCCAGGGCUGACCUCUCCUCCCCCCCAGCACACACAUAAUGUAUCAAACAGCAAGAGGUGCCUCUACUUUUUAAAUGGGUGUUGGUGGAAUGGGGGUGGGGGGUUCAAAGCUCCCCAAAAUGAAAGGGCUGGCAGGAUCGGCCUUGUGAAAGCAGAAUUCAAGGGCUAGAGGCUUGAACUCAAUGGGAAUCCUUUCACUGACUUCAAUAGGCUCUGGAUCCAGCCCUGAGGGCCAACUUCUACUCAGGGCGGCAGCGUUUGCAGCCUCAUUGGGAGACAAUUCUGCCGCCGUUGAAGUCAGCGGAGGCUUUGCCAUUGAUUGCAAUGGGAGCCGGAAAAGGCUCCCCUGAGUCUGAGUGGAGAGUUAGGCCCAUGUGUGACUUGUAUGGCUUCAUGAUGAGUAAGGGGAAUGGGAUGUGGGACUGUCGACAAGGAUCUGGCGAGCGUAGCUACUCUACCAAGGAAGGGGUGGAAUUGUUGAAGAGGCCCAAGGAGGGAGAGCUAGGUGUAAUGCAGUGGAGUUGAGUGAAAGAAAUGUAGGCUACUGGUGAGCUCAUCAGCUGGGGAAUAGUCUCCCACGAGGAGUCAGGGCAGUCCCAUCACUUGAGUGCCCUAAAACUGGCUUAAAUAAAGCAGUGAGGAACGUGCUGUAGGGAACGACUGUGCACUGGGCCCUAAGAACUGACCUGUGCCGCCUUCCCCCAUCUCUAGUUGCCUCAGUCGUGUGGUUUGCACAGUGCGGUGCCUCAACACUACAGUAGUAAUUGGUGUUGAUGAAAUUAACAAUCCUCAGCUCUAAUGAACAAUGAGCACCAAGUAUACAUAGGGUAGUGAGGUCCAGGGUCUUGACUCAUCCGGCACUUUGGGUUCAUCUUCUUCUAAGCCCUUGUCCCUCUGAGAGGAGUGAGAAGGAAGGGAGACCCUAUUGCCUGGAUAAUAAUCUGUAAACACAUGGAUAACAAUCCAUGACCCCGUAACAAUAUGGAGGAACAACAAUCAACGUGUAAUGGUCUGAUUGCCAAACAGAAUGCUAGAAACGUGCUAAGCACUGAUUUGGACAAACAGCAUUGCUGUAAGCUAAGAGUGAACAGAAGGAUAAACCAAGAGGUUAAGAUAAACACAAUGAUUAAAGAACUCAGAAUAUCUAUUCGGCUCCUACUCCCCCCUCCCAUUGGCAACAGGGAUGGAUGACAAAGGGUGAGAUUUUCAAAUGGGCCUAAAUGAGUUAGGCACUAUAGCUGGCCAGAAAAUGGAAAUCCAGUCCCAUGAAAAAGUUCAUUUUUUGUUUUUAUAAUUGUCCUGAAUUGGGAUCAAAAGUCCAAAAUGACAUUUUCACAGGACGGGAUUUUCAGGAAGUCAGAGGGAGAACUGAAAAUGGCGUUUUUUGACUUCCCAGCUGCCCACCCGGGAAGGCUCUUGUAAUUUUCACUUUCUCCCCACAGGCAGAAAGCGAAACAGCAGAAGACUUCCAGGCCAACAGCUGGGGAAAUGACAUUUUGAUUUUUCCAAAUGGAAAAUUGAAAUUUUUUUAGCAAAAUUGAAAUUUUCCCACAGGAAAAAAAAAUUGUGAUUUUGCAAAAUGGGCAUUUUCCAUCAGAAAACCAUUCUGAUGGAAAAUUCCCAACCAGCUCUGCUAGGCACCCAAUGCUCAUUGAAUGUGCUAACUCUGGCUGAGUAACAUGGGGGUGGGGAUGGUCAA